AUGGAGGAGAAAACUGUAGUGCCUGGUAAGAAGGAGAAGGGCAGAGUGCGUUUCAACAGCACUGCGUCGAGUGAUCCUCCGGCCGUGCCAACAGUGAACAUUGAGUUAUCACCAUCUCCUACGCCAUCGAGAGGCGAUGACAAUUCACCCUCGAGUCCGAUUCGUCGGCCACGACCAUCCAUCAUUAGAGGCAGCUCUUACAAUUCCGUGCUUGAUAUGGAGAUGGACGACCACACCUUGAAUCCCACCAAGCUCCAGUCGGCCAUGGCUGCUCAUCAGCGUGCACAAACCUUUGCUGCUGCCAUGUCUGGCUCACACUCGGCUCCCGGAUCCAGGCGCGGGUCGCUUGACUCUGAUAUCGAUGUCAUGUCACCAAACACUAGCGGCAAUGAUCUCUUAUCACCGGGCUUGCCUCUAGAGACAAGUGAGAAGGUGUCUAUCGAAGUUGACCGAGCAGGACGGGAGGCACAGGAAAGAAGAAACAUCAAUACGGCAGCGUACGAACUCGUUCGUGCACAUGUCGGGCUCGCGAACACGUUGCGAGAGGACCCUACCGAGAACGACGAGCAACGAGCCCCUGCCAGUCAGUUGGACAACCUUGACGGCUAUUACGAGGAUGAAGCUCUAUUGAGUCCCACGGGCAAGCCUCGUGAAGGUGUUCUCACAAACCUCCUCAAACUCUACCGAGUGGAUGAGAUGCCACGUAAGGACUUCAGCGGAUAUACUACGCCGGCAUCGUCUGGCACUGCCACACCCACUCGUCGGAAAUGGUAUGACCAGAACAAUGGUUCUACUAGUACCUUGGCCAGUCUGGCAGCCGCCUCGGCCAUUCUUGCAAACCCAAAUGAAAAGAAGCACCGCAAUCCUACCAACGGUCCACGCAUGAAGCACAAGAGAACAGCUAGCGGCAAGUUCAAGAGCAUGGUGGGCGGCAGGCCAAGGAUGGAAGAAGAGGCGAGAAUCACAAUCCAUGUGGCCAACAUUCUCAAGCGUCAGGAGUUCAUCAUCAAGCUCUGCCGAGCUCUAAUGAUGUACGGAGCGCCAACUCACCGCCUCGAGGAGUACUUGCGCAUGAUGGCUCGCUUCCUAGAGAUUGAUGGCCAGUUCUUGUACCUGCCAGCCUGCAUGAUCAUUUCCUUUGACGACAUGUCGACACACACCACCGAAGUCAAGAUCAUUCGAUCAGCACAAGGCGUGAACCUGGGUAAACUAAAAGAUGCCCACGAAAUUUACAAAGAAGUCCUCCAUGCCGUGAUUGAGGUUGAUGAGGCCAUUGCCCGACUAGACGGGCUCAUUCGCGGAAAGGACCACUUCAAUCCCUGGACGCGUGUCCUCAUGUACGGCUUGGCUAGUGCAACGGUCGCACCGUUUGCCUUUGAUGGGCGGCCUAUCGACAUGCCCAUCUGCUUCCUACUUGGCUCUUUUAUUGGCUUCCUCCAGCUCAUUGUCGCCCCACGGUCGGAUGUGGUCAACAAUGUCUUCGAAAUUGGUGCCGCUGUGGUCACGAGUUUCCUUGCCAGAGCCUUUGGAAGUAUCCGGGGUGGCGAGCUCUUUUGCUUCUCUGCCAUUGCUCAGAGUUCGAUUUGUCUCAUCCUUCCCGGAUACCUCGUUCUUUGUGCUGCUUUGGAGUUGCAAUCGAAAGCAAUUGUCCCAGGUUCCAUUCGUAUGGUCUAUGCUAUCAUCUACUCCCUGUUUCUUGGAUUUGGCAUCACCAUUGGCACGGCAAUCUACGGAUGGAUAGAUGACAGUGCGACCUCGGAAACCACAUGCCGCAAUACACUUGACUCUCACUGGAACUUUGCCUUUGUGCCUGCAUUCGCUUUCUGCCUGACAUAUGUCAACCAAGCCAAAUGGAAGCAAAUGCCUGUCAUGAUUGUCAUAGCAAUGGUUGGAUACAUUGUCAAUUAUUUCCUGACUGCAAGAUUUCCCAACAGCUCUCAGAUUUGCAAUACGAUUAGCGCUCUUGCUGUUGGCAUCUGCGCCAACCUGUACAGUCGAGUCCGCCACGGUGUCGCUGCCGCCGCUCUGCUCCCUGCCAUUUUUGUGCAGGUCCCUAGUGGGCUGGCCGCUACCGGCAGUCUGUUGAGCGGCUUGAGCACUGCCAACGAGUUGACCAACUCGUCGGGAAGCGUGAAUGGCACCACGACAGUCUCUGUCGGAGACGACUCCCUCGAUACGAUCGUGUUCAACGUUGCGGCGAGCAUGAUUGAAAUUGCCGUCGGCAUUACUGUCGGCUUAUUCUUUGCCACGCUCUUGAUUUAUCCUUUGGGCAAGCGUCGUAGUGGCUUGUUCACCUUUUAA